UCCAAAACCUGUCUCAUGUAAUUUGUUUUACUAAUAUAUUGCUCAAAUUUUUCGACAAUACUCCAAUAAUUCUAGUUUAAUGGUUCACUUCAAUGACAGCCUUUGAUAUGUGAGCCUAAAAAAACAACCCCGGGCGAUGUACUGUGUCUCUCUUGGAGUAUCUCACUUUGAUUUUGAAAUUCAUGAGGAGUAGUACUACAGCGCCAGGUGGAUCGCAAACAAAUUACUCACAAAAAACGUUACGUGAAACAUGAGACAAAGGAGACGCGCAAGCCAAGGGAGCGCGCGGGAAAAAAUAAUUCACAAAACGAAUUCACAAUUCUACCAUAAAUCACACUUGCCACAUUGGGUAUGUUGCAUGGAAUGAUCUAUCUGACAUUUGGUUUUUAAUCUGAUGGAUUCGUUGUUACCUUAAAAGCAAAUAGCCCCACGCAAAAGAACACAAAAAGACCGCAGAAAUGAAGUUACUUUCGUAUUAUCGUUGGGCAUCGGACGACGCAAGUAAUAUUCUAGUAUAGCUUUAAGUUAGGCUCAAAACGGAAGUCAAGAUGACGAGCAUUUGAAUGCGAUACGAUAUAUUUUUCGCACGAUUACGUGGAUUGGCAUGGCCGGCGUUAGCAUAAACAUGUUUAUCAUUGCAUUAUAUCAUAAGUAUAAAACAGUAAUACGCUAAUGUGGACUAAUAAAAGGAAAACUUGCGAAAAUAUUUUGACUUCAAAACCGAAUGAAUCCCCUCAUGGUUAGACGAGAAGAGGUCACUUUAAUUGCACAAAGCCUGGCUUCACCUCGGAUCGUUUCCACUUUUAUUAAUUUUCAAGUAUGUUAAUUUUUCGACGACCGCAAUUUGGCUUAGUCAAGCAGGGCUAACGAAACAGGGUUUGACCUUCAUUACGAAGAAAUCGACUCAUUGUCCUCAGUAAAGAGUAAAUAAACUCAAAAGGCAUCGAGGCUAGCUAGCACCGGUAAACGUGGAGAGAAGCUCCGAAGCUCGCGCGGUAGGGCUUUUAUACACAGCGGGUGAACGCUUCGCUGCUCUGUUUUUCUAGCGCUGCACCGACUCGACCCGGCAUCAUUCAAAUCAACGCGUGACGUCACUCACGAGUCUAAGUGUCAUGUUCACAUUUACUGUAUGAUGGGUUUUCGGUGUCCACUUUAGAUUACAGUCGUGGCAGAGUAAAAGUCCUUUGGGAGCAUAGAUAUAUAUGGUCAUCGCCAAGGCUCUAUUGUGUUGAAGCAAUUACGUAGUGAGUCAUAUUUGAGAGAGAGGAAGAACUGUUUACAAAGUGUUCAGCCGUGGUGCGAGAGGAACAAAGACGCAAAGCGAGCUGGGAAUCAGCUUUGCGUGAAUCGUCAGCGAAGUGCUACGCAUCGGUUGCGUUAUCCGCGCACGGAUGAGCCAACACCGCCACAAACAAAACGACUAAGCCGAGCGCUUUUACACGUCGCGCUUCUCGACGACAGCAGCACUAAAUUGGAUUUAAAGUCAGUGUGCAAAGACGCUGGCCGUGUGAAUUGCAAGCAGGCGAGGAUUAGGGGACAGGUGUGAAUUAAGAGAGCGUAAGCGAGUCAAAAAUACAAUUACAGUACUUAGCUAACUCGGCAACGCAACAGCUGACAGAGCAAACAACUUGAGGUUUGUCUCUAUACUGGUAGAGUUUGGAAAGGGUAGUCAAAAGCACGAGUUUGGAUACACACCCCGCACCCUCGCUCGUAAAUUUUUGGAUUGAGCCAUGUCUACAGCGGACCUAGCGAUUCGCAUCCCCCUGGCCACCAUUGGGACCAUCAUAACAGUUGAAAACCUCUUCGUCUGUUACAUCGUUUACCGUUUCAGAAAUUUAAGGACAUUCACUAACGGAUUUGUCGUCUCCUUGGCGUUUUCCGACGCGCUGGUCGGCGGGAUCCUACUCCCCCUAGAGUUAGCGCGAUAUACGUCUCCGCCAGGGGUAGCAACGGCAGAGGGCUAUUUCAUCUCCAUCAUCCUACAGGCAAACGUGUUCAACUUACUGGCCGUGACUUUCGAUCGUUAUUUAGCCGUUAUGAAGCCAUUGACAUACAUUCAAUUCAUGGAUAAGCAUUUUGUGAAGCUUCCUUUGUUAGCGUGGAUUGUCCCGGUCGUCAUCUCGCUCAUUCCGUUAACAUGGAAAACCGACAUUAGUAGCACGACCCAUCGCGUCUAUCUCAUUUGUAUCCUCAUUUUGGGUAUUGUCCUGCCGUACUGUUUAAUUUUAUUCGCAUACGUGCGUAUUUUUAGAGAGGUAGCACGCCUAGUUAAAAGCCUCGCGGCCAUGCAACACGGACUUAUCGACGGGCGAAUGGCGGAAGAGAGGGGACGCGUUUCGAGUGAGGCGCGCGUUACGCGCAUCUUCGCAGUCAUCUUCGCGAUCUUUUUCGUCGCCUGGAUGCCGGUGAUUUACAUGACGAUCGCCGAGGCGAUUAACAAGCUGGAAAUCAUCCCGAGUUCAUUAAUGACAAUCUCAUGGUUCACGCUAGUCAUUGGCAGCUCUAUGAAUGCCCCUAUCUAUGCAUAUUUUAAAGCGGACUUUAGGAGGACUAUAAUCCGAAUGAUCAGGGGACGGAAAAAGUCCAGGGCGACAUGGAAACCCGAAGAUUGCAGUAGUAUGAGAUGAGACUAGAAAGGAAUCCCGCUAAUGGCAUUAGCAACCCGUCCCACAUACACUAUGAUGGGCUCAAUAGAAGAUUUUUAUAAGGGCUUAAUGGACUCUAAAGAACCGACUCAUUCCUUGUAAAAAGCGCUGGCAUAGCUAAAUAGUAAACCAAAACCUUGUGCAGUUAAGUGAAGACAGCUGUCUAUUUGAUACGAAAUACCAACGGAUAAUCCCUGAUUGUAAAGCCAUAGAUGCCUUCAUACGCCAAACGUCUUUUGUAAACCUAUAGCACUGUGAACAGUCGACGCGUCAAUACCCUUAAGAAUGGGUGUGUUUAAAGAGAGGGUGGCAAGCGAAUAAGCCCGGGGUUUUGAACUCCAGGGGUCUCUUGAAAUCGCGCAUAUUCUCUUUGAAGUGCAUUGAUGUCCAAUUAGCAAUAAGUGGAAAAAAUGACAAGAGAAAUAUUAUUGUUUUGUUUAUCUGAUAUGGCAGUAUAUUGGUUAUAGUAGCUCGUAAUACCUAUUUAAUUGGGUAUUCAAGGACGGUUUCGCAGUCGAACCGCAGUUCUGUAAGCCAUCACACCACAAACUGUCACAGGCGUUACGUUAUGAUUAUAUUCAAGGAGCAGUUCUGUGUGAAUUGAUAAAGGAGCCAUCUGUGCGCCCCGCCAGGGUUCCCUUCGUCUGGAAAUGAUCUUUCCCCGUGGACAGAAAAGCGACUCUGCAAGCCGCCGCUUUAAGGACGAUGUCUGCUUGCCUCUAUCUUGGGGAGUUAUAAGCGGGUGUAGUGAAAGCAAUAGAAAAGACUAAUAACCGUGCAGGAACAAUGGACUGAGAUAUGACGUACCAAUUAAACAGUAGACAUUUCCAAUAUUUGCAUGUUUAGACCUUUUCCGGGGUGAUUUCUGUAUAUAAAGAGUUUAAACUGAGCUCGCUCGGCUGUACAAUAAAAAGGCAAACAUUUUUUAUGUCA